GUUGUUUUCACACGAGCUGUCAACGCAGCGGCGACGACGACGUCAUUCAGCCCGGGAAACCGACACACCCGCCUGUCUGUGUGUCUGUCUGUGUGUCUGUCUGUGUGUGUGUGUGUGUGUGAGAGAGAGAGAGAGAGAGUCUCACUGAGCGAAGGACAAACACUAACUGAGAAAACAACAACAAACACAGUGAGAAGAACAGCUGUCAGCCUCACGAGCAGCAGCAGCAGCGGCGGCAGCGGCGGGAAGAUGCUGCGCGCGGGUCCGGCGGGAGAAACGCGAGCGCUUUUAAUGACGAGUAUUUAGACGAGUAGAUAAUUACGUGGUAAUUAGGUGAGUGGUGUUUAAAGCGUCUGCCGCUACAGGCUGAAAUUAGCAGGAGCCCGCGCUGGAACUCAGUACCGGGGUUUUUUUUUCCCGCGGGAGUUUUUCAUUUGUCUUUUUUUUUUGCCCCCCCCCCUGAACGCACCUUGGAUUUCCGUCGUUGACACAAAGCCAGUGUGGAUCCGAGGACGACGUCAGCGCAGAGGCAGACAGACAGAAGUCGGAGAGAGAGAUGACCCUCGUUUUGUCCAUGAAUCCUUUCCUGGACCCAGAAGGAGACCCGCCGCUCUCCACCUAUCAGCCUGUGUGGGAAUCAGAGCCAUGCAGCAAGACCUGCCCGUCAAACCCGGCCCCGCCUUCCAGCUCUGAUGAGGCGUUUACACAAGAGCCGCCCUCCAGACGACUUCCGGAUCAUGUUUCCGUGUCCAGAAUCGCGUACUUUAAGAGGAAGUUUGUGGACGAUGACGACGAGCGCUCCUUCAGUUUCAGGACGUACUGCCAGGCUGUUGCUCCGGUGUUGGAGGAGCGCGCUCUGGUGCUGCGUCUCUCUCUGGAGAAGAUGAGGUUCAUCGACGACCCCGAGGCCUUCCUGCGACGUUCUGUUCUCGUGAACAACCUCCUCCGACGUCUGCGUGCUGAGAUUCUGCUGCAGAGCUCUGACUGGUGCUUCCCACCAAACCCGGCGUUUGUCCUCCCGCCCAGCGCUAACCCCGCCCACCAGGCGCUCCACGGAGCGCUGCCCGCCCGCAUCUGCUUAUCACCGCAGGCUGGACCGCCGCUCCGUAAGCGCUUACGAAUGGUUGGCGGAGGACGUGGUGAACUGCGGCCUGACUGCGCUCAGACGUGCUGCUGCGUCUACGCAGCUGCAGCCUCAGCAGGACAUUACCUGCACCUCCCGCUCUCCAUGUACGACGCCGCGCUCUCCUCCUGCCCGCCCACGCCUCACUCCUCCUCCUCCUCCUCCUCCUCUUCCUCCUCCUCCUUUCAGCUCACUAACCACAGUAAGUUAGGGCUAGAGCACGAUGAUGAUGAGGAAGAUAUUGAAGAGGAGGAGGAAAAUGAAGAAGAAGAAGAUGAAAGGGAAGCAGGGGAGGAGGAGGAGGAGGAGGAAGAGGAGGAAAAAACACAAGCAGGGUCUUCUACUGAUGUUAAUAAACAUAAUUCAAUCCAGAAAAGGACUAGGACCUCGCUGGCUCACACACACACAAGGACAGAGGAGGACACCUGCAUGACAGACAGAGGAGAGGAGGACGAAGAGCGAGAGCAGGAGGAGGAGGAGGAGGAGGAGGACGAAGAAGAGGAAGUGGCAGAGAGAGCGUGUCAGUGGGUCUCAGAGAGAGAUCUCCACAGGUUCAGCUUCUGGCAGCGCAGGGUUCACAGACAGUAAGUGUGUGUGUGUUAGGAAGUGACGAUGAUUCAGAUGAAGGUUACAAUUCAAAUAUGCCAAGUCAGCUUUAUUUUCAUGUGCUCAUGUUUAUAGUCCAUAGUUGUGUUUGUCAAGCACAAAGCUAUGACCACACACGCACACACACACACACACACACACACACACACACACACACACACACACAGACACACACACGACACUGCAGCCGUGUUUCUACUUCAGUUUGGUUCAGAACAAAGAAACAGUUCCAUGUUCCACAUGUAUCUUCACCCUCGUCUUCGUCUUAUUGAGACAAACGACAGAAACAAGAGCUCAGAGAGACGUCACGCCUACGCAGCCCAGACCCCGCCCACACCCCGCCCUCCAAGGCCAGGUAAUGUUUUACCAUUCCAGAGCGUCCUAUUCUGUACCAACCCAGACCGUACAGACGGAGCUUAUACUGGUGCAAAGGUCGUCGUUCAGGACCCUAAACAAGCCCAGUGUGUGUGUGUGUGUGUGUGUGUGAGAUGAUGAUGAUGUAGCAUUUUCAAACUUGAGUUUAAACUGUUGUGUUGUUAUUGUCGGUCACACGUGUCUCAGGCAGAGCUGCUCAGAGAAUCGUUCAAUCACAAUCUCAAGUGCCUUGGUGUUUUUAACAUGGUUCCUAAGUCGCUGUCACAAGGAUGACAUUUAAAAAUCUUCUGCCUGUUUUGACCUUUGAGGAAAGUUGUGAAAACCUUGAAAACCUCAUUUUUAUGCCUUUGAUUCACGCAGUUAAACCUUAAAUGUGGUUUAUUUUCAUGCGUCAUUAUGAAAACAUCAAACACAAUGUGUGAAUUUCAGGAUGUAAAGGAGCUGUAUGUAAGAUUUCACUGAGCGGCUAAUGCUAACACUGGCUACGUAAAAAAACACUCCCAGUCUAGAUUAUUGAUUAAAACAAACAACGUGUCAUCAUCAACCAAGAAACAGCUAGCUAACUAUAUUUGGAUGCAGAUUAAGAGCUGGUUAGCGUAGCUUAGCAUAACAACAGAAAUGGCUAGCCUGGCUGUGUCCCUGUCUGUUUAAAGUGCUCACAGCUGCAGCAGAGACGCUAGCUGACAGCUAACAGGUGACUAAAGCUACACUCUUUCUUUACAUGUGUUCACAGCGGUGUCACCUGAGCGUUCUGCCAUUUGUCUGAAAGAUUGUUUUAUCUUAUUUGUUGUAAUUUUGUGAAAACAAAAGGGAAAACAAAGUCGUUAUCCAGAUAAGCAUGAACAUUCAUUUAGGCCGAACACACAUUUGUUGACAUAUUUCUCUUUUUUUUUCCACAAAUAACUUUAAUGAUUGAUGACUAUCUGGAUUUGAAGACUUGAUAAUAAUAAUAAUAGUAAUAAUAUUAAUAAUGAUGAUGUUUCAGUAUUUCAGUAUUGUAGUAGAACAUUGUUUUCGUGGUUUGAUCAGCCACGUUGGUGUUUGUGUGUUUUUUUAAUUAAAAAAGAGAAAAGUCACCUUUGAGCCUCAUAGAUACAGUUUCAAGUCUCUUCUGUUUCCAAGUUUGAAGACGUGUCUCGUGUUUUUGUCCUCGCACGACAAACCAAAGUGUUUCUUUUUUGUAUUUAUUCUUUUGGACUUUUGUGUGACAUCAUGAAGCCAUGGCUCAGUUUACGUCCGGUUUGCAGAGUGGAUUCACUCGUGCUUUGUCCUGUAGUUUUCUUGGUUUCUUUCUUUCUGAUGUACAGUUGUGACAGUUUACAUCCCCGCUGACACGCGUACAACAAAACAAGUGGAAGUGACGGCCUCUUUAAUAUUAUAUCAUUCUUUAAAAACCUGUGAUUAUCUCAAAUGAAAGGAUCUUACAAAGCAAUAUGUGCUUCUGCGAGAAGAGCGUGUGUGAAACCACGUCGUCUGUCAUUAAAAACAACAAAGGAGCAAAGAUGGCUCCGGUCAUUUUAUGUGAUGUUUUGUGACAAGUGUUCAAGUAAAGAAAUGUUGAAAAAAAACAA